AUGCAGCCAGAAAUUGAAGACUUGCUGAAAGAAUACAAGGAUGUGUUUCCGACAGAGUUUCCUGACCAGCUUCCACCAGAGCGAGAUAUUUUGAAUGAGAUCCAUCUCAAGCCAGAAGCAAAGCCGAGUAACACAGCACCGCUCCAACUGUCAAAGGUCGAACGAACAGCUCUGGACAAGUUCGUUGCGGAACCUAUCAAGAAAAACUGGAUUAAAAUGUCUGAUUCACCUUGGGAGUCCAACAUCUUUGGUGUACCAAAGAAAGAUCCGGUAACCGGCAAGUUCCCGUCUCGUGUAGAAAAGCUUCAUUCCAACAGACCAAAUAUGCCUAUCCGUUGGGUUAUCAAUUAUCGGCACAUCAACUCAGUAUCGGAUAUCGCAAAGAUCCCACUACCGCACAUCGAAGAAUUGUUUGAUCGUAUGAAUGAAGCACAGCUGUUCUCCCUACUGGAUCUUGCUAGUGGAUACCAUCAGAUGCAAAUAACUCCGACUAGCCGCAAGUACACCGCAUUUCGCACGAAUCACGAGAUCUACCAGUGA